GAUGCGCAUGCGCCCGACCCUGCGCAAGACCACCAUCUGAAAGACGGUUUUAUUUGGAAAAUUAGCUGUGUAAACAUCAAUAUUGUGACAUGAUUCCGAUUAAAAUGUCUCACAAAGCCAACACUGCACCUUCCUGAGAUCUAAUGAUGACAGAAUACGUGUUUUAAUGAGCAGCAGGGUCGAUGGAGAGACUUUAACGUCAGAUUGAACCCCUGAGGUGAAACUGACUAGAUGAAUCAUGCCUGGGAAAUUAAAGGCGAAGAUUGUUGCGGGACGGCAUCUGCCCGUCAUGGACCGUGCCAGCGACCUUACCGAUGCCUUCGUAGAGGUGAAGUUUGGAAACACAACAUUUAAAACUGAUGUCUACCCCAAGUCCCUGAACCCUCAGUGGAAUUCAGAGUGGUUUAAGUUUGAGGUUGAUGAUGAGGAUCUGCAGGACGAGCCGUUGCAGAUAACAGUACUUGACCAUGACACGUACAGCGCUAAUGAUGCCAUAGGAAAGGUGUACAUUGACAUUGAUCCAUUACUUUGCAGUGAAGCUGCUACUGUCAUCUCCGGGUGGCUUCCCAUCUAUGACACUAUACAUGGUAUAAGAGGAGAAAUCAAUGUGCUGGUGAAGGUUGAUCUCUUCAAUGACCUGAACCGCUUUAGGCAGUCGUCAUGUGGCAUUAAAUUCUUCUGUACAACCUCCGUUCCACGAUGUUACCGGGCUGUAAUGGUUCAUGGCUUUGUAGAGGAGCUUGUGGUAAAUGAGGAUCCAGAGUACCAGUGGAUCGACCGAAUCAGAACUCCUCGUGCAUCUAAUGAGGCCCGACAGAGACUUAUCUUUCUCAUGUCAGGUGAACUGCAAAGGAAGAUUGGUCUGAAGGUGCUGGAGAUGGGAGGGAACGCAGUGGUGGGGUACCUGCAAUGCUUUGAUCUGGAAGGAGAAUCGGGCCUCGUGGUCCGUGCCAUCGGGACAGCCUGCACACUGGAGAAAAUCAGUACACUUCCUUCCACGGCCACACAACCCAGUAACUCUUCUCCUUCAAAAGACAUGAAAGACUCUCUGCAGGCUGCUCCUUCUACUUUCGGAUGUCGUUCCACACACAGCAGUCCGGUUCACAGCGCAAGCAGUCGUCUUUCUCAGGGCUUCUCUGUUUCCGUGCCAACACUGCUUUUCUCCGGUAUGAAACCCAGACACAGGAGCUCAGAUGCCCCCAGAGCCAGACAGUGUAGGCCAGUUUUUGGGGAGGAGGCCCCGGGUGUCCCGUUAUCCUCAGGACCCCCCACACCUCUGAGAGCACAAACCUUCUCCUCCUUCUCCCCCUCCAAGUCCUACAGCCGCCAGUCCUCCUCCUCCGACACCGAGCUCAGCCUCACCCCCAAAACCGGAAUGGGCAGUGGCGGCAGUGCAGGGAAGGAGGCGGGGCCUCUUAAAGCUCUUCUGCGGCAGCAGACCCAAUCAGCACUGGAGCAGAGAGGGGUUUCAUCCUCUGAAGCGUUUUUUAGGACGCUGGAAUACCCUUUCUUCACUUUGACCUCCUUCCCUUCUGGAUUUCUCCUUCACGUAGGGGGUGUGGUCAGUGCCCGCUCAGUGAAGCUUCUAGAUCGAAUCCACAACCCAGCCUUGGGUAACACCAGAUCAUACAAACUGCUAGACUGGAAUAGUUUCACUGCAGAUGAGCCGGAGACGCGAGACGCUUGGUGGGAGGAGAUCCGUCAGGAAAUUAAGUCUCACGUCAAAGCCCUCGGCUGCCACGCUGUGGUGGGGUACAGCGAAUCCACCAGCAUCUGUGAGGAGGUCUGCAUUCUGUCUGCAUCCGGCACAGCGGCGAUCCUCAGCUCCCGUUUCAUGCAGGACGGCUCACUGGACGUGGAACACAGGUUGUCACGGCAACCAGUUGUCUUUACUUCAGGGGCAGACAGGGUCGAGGGGGAUAUGGGUAGUUCAGCCUCACUAGGAUUUGAGGAGGUGGCGCCCCCUGGCUGUGGGUUCUGCCACAUACCAUACGAUGAGUUGAAUAUACCGUUUCCGGCUCAACUCACCUAUUGCUACUGUUGUCGCCGCAACAAGGUGCCUGACGUCCUGUUCACCACGAUCGACUUGCCCACCGAAGCCAAUGUCACUGGCAAGGGCUGCCUGAUUCAGGCCAGGUUGUGUCGGACUAAAAAGAAAGGCCAGGGAGAGGGGAACGCCACAGCUAUCAGCAAUCUGCUGCCCUUUCUGGAGUACGAGCUCCAUACACAGCUGAUGAACAAGCUGAAGCUACGUGGCAUGAACGCUCUGUUUGGUCUACGCAUCCAGAUCAGCGUGGGAGAGACCAUGCUGCUGGGACUGGCGUCCGCCACGGGAGUCUAUCUGACAGCGUUACCCAGUCCGGGAGGAAUCCAAAUAGCAGGAAAAACUCCCAGUGACAUCACAUAUGAACAGCACAUCUCCAAUAUGCAGAAGAAAAUAAAUGACACCAUAGCGAAAAACAAAGAACUAUUUGAUGUCAACCCACCUGAGGUUGUUGAAGAAAUAAUCGGUUCACCGAUCCCUGAACCCCGUCAGAGGUCCCGUCUCUUCCGCUCUCACUCAGAGAGUUCAGAUGAGGUGUCAGAACUGGACUUGUCUCAUGGGAAAAAAGACACUUUUGUACUGGAGAUUGAUGACACGGAUGCUGUGGAAGAUAUACAUGCACUUUUGACUGAUUCUCCCACCCCACCAGGAUUUUACAGCUGUAACACUGAAAUCAUGCCUGGAAUUCAAAACUGGACUUCAGCUAUACAGAUGUUUACCUCUGUGAGGGUUUUCCGCCUUAACAACGCCAAUCUGACCAAUCAGGGACUGAACAAGAUUUUCACCGACCUCUGUGAGAACCUGCUUAAGAGUUUCUACUUUAAGCUGCGGUCGUUGACCCCCUGCUGUCUUUGUCACCUGAACUUCACUGUGGCCAUACCUGAAGAUGAACUCAUACAGGUGGCGGUGACAGCUGUGGCGAUGAGCUUUGACAAAGAUCAGGCUCUGGAGAAUGGCAGGCACGGUGGGGAGAAGACACAGAUAAAGGCGAUACACGAAAAUGACGAGCAGCUUCAAUUCAACCUGGAGCUCAAUCCUGACUCCACCAAAGGUCUAGCAGAUAUCUCAGGCAGCCACCCAUCAGCCAAAGCCCCCUCAGUUGAUUACAGUUCCUUUGCAGACAGAUGCAGCUCCUGGAUAGAGCAGCUUAGACUGAAAGCUCACACCAUGAGACGCGGAUCAAUUAAAACAACAUCAUCUCUGGAGAAGAACAGCCCGUUGCCGGAGGGCCGUUCUCGUUCGCUGCGGUCGAACCGUUCCUACUCUGGCGGUUCUGUCGCUGUGGUCAAAAUGACUCCGCUGUCGUUCAUUCCUGGAGCAAAGAUCAUCAAAUACCUCGGCAUCAUCAACAUGUUCUUCAUUAGAGAGACCACCUCACUUCGAGAGGAGGGAGGUGUGAGUGGGUUUCUCCACUCGUUCAUAGCUGAAGUAUUCGCGAUGGUUCGCGCCCAUGUCGCUGCUCUCGGAGGAAACGCUGUAGUUUCUUACAGCAUGAAGGAGUGUGUGUUUAUGGAGAACCCUAACAAGAACCAGGCACAGUGUCUAAUCAACGUCAGCGGGGACGCUGUUAUCUUUGUUCAGGAAUCUGAACUCGAGGCGACUUCUGUACAACCACAGUCGGCUACCACACAGACCUCCAAUGGUGGGGAAGGAACGUGAAGUCUCAAAAACACGACCUUUUGCGUACGCUAGUCAUAACCUGAACCCUGCCAUCUUAAGCAGUUUCAAGCCGGGUCAUGUAAAAACUGCUGUACCAACCGAAUCAAGUUUCCAAAAAUGAGCAAUAAUCUAGAUGUUUAAAAUCUUUUUAAUGGCUACAUUUUUUUGGGACAUGUUUUUUAGCCCCUUCAAAUGAUAAAAUAAAAUAAUAUUUUAUUUUGGAAUAACCAUUUUAAACCCCCCCCAUCAGAAGCCUUUCAGAAAGGACGUCCAUCAUGUUUUUUAUUUGUUGGCCAUUGUUCACAUUCCAUUUUGUCCGUGUGCGGUUGAGGCAAUUUAGCAAUCCAAAAGGUUUAUAAGACGCCGUUGCAUUCAUGAAGAGCUUGUAAACUUGUCAACAUCUCUCUAAAUCAUUGUGCUUUUGUAAAGGUAUGAACUACUGAUGCACUCGUACAAACAUCUAGUUCAGUAUUUUAAAUACUGAACCCGCCAUACUGGUUUCAAGUUGGACCUGUCUCGUCCUACUGAUCUCUAAAAAUCAUGUCAAGUGCUGGAAAUGUUUGUUUGCUUUCGUGUGCCACUAUGUUUGUUUUUUCAAUCGAAAUGUUUGGAUCAGACUGGUCCAUUUUUUGCAUGGGCAAUGCCAGUUAAUUAUUAAAAGAAGAUGUCUUUUAUUGUUCGUCAUGAACUGCUCAUGGGACACUUGAAUGUACAGAUGACAUGUAUUGAGAGGAGACUAACGUCUGGAUGUGGUGGGCAGCUUGUUGAAUCCUCUGUUCCUGUGCGGACUGAGAUUUAUUGCUGUUAUUUUGUAAAUGUGGGACAAAUCAAACGUGUACAUUGAGAAGAUAUAAAGGAAUAAAAUUCUUAUGGCUCUGG